CUCCUCAAGCGGAACGUACAAAACCGUACACAUGAUCUCCUCUAUAAAAACCCAGAAAGAAAGAGCCAGACACGGAUUAAUUACAGCAGGGGGAGCCAUGGAAGAGGAAGCCAUGCUGAAAAAGGAAGAAGAAAAUGAUGACGAAGAAGACGGAAAAGGAGAAGAAGAAAAGGAGGAGAAAUUGAUGCAGAAAAGUACUAUUAACAGAAUAAUAAUGGAGGAAGUAGUUCGUAGGCUUGGGAAUGGAGAUCUGAAGGAGAAAAUAGAGGCCGCCAUGGCCAUAAGGAAGCUGGUGAGGAAAUCCAAUUCCAAAUCCUCCAAGAGUGUUGUACGCUCUCGCUUGGCCUCGGCGGGUGUUAUUGCCCCACUGAUUUCAAUGCUUCAGCCUUCCUUCCCUCUGUCCGCCCGUGAGCCGGCCCUCCUCGCCCUCCUUAAUCUCGCCGUCCGCAAUCAAAGAAACAAGAUCAAGAUUGUUACAUCUGGUGCCAUUCCCCCUCUUGUGGAACUCCUCAAAUUUCAACUUGGCAAUUUGAGAGAGUUGGCAGCUGCCGCAAUUCUGACAUUGUCAUCUGCUGCACCAAACAAGCCAACAAUAGCAGCUUCUGGAGUUGCACCUCUUCUGGUGCAUGUCCUGUGCUCUGGAAGUGUGCAGGGAAGGGUUGACGCUGUCACUGCUCUCUACAAUCUUUCCUCCUGUGAAGAGGAUCCUAAGCUGGUUCUUGAUCCUGAAGCAGCCCCUCCUUUAAUCGAUCUCCUCAAAGAGUGCAAGAAGUAUUCCAAAUUUGCUGAGAAAACUACUGCAUUACUCGAGAUUCUCUCUAAUUCAGAGGACGGAAGAAUUGCAAUCACAAAUGUAGAUGGUGGAAUUUUGACUUUAGUGGAGACUGUUGAAGAUGGAUCUCUAGUUAGCACGGCACAUGCAGUCGGAGCUUUGCUGUCCUUGUGCCAGAGCUCUCGAGAUAAAUACAGGGAACUUAUUCUUAGGGAAGGUGCCAUACCAGGCCUUUUGCGUCUAACUGCAGAGGGUACUCCCGAAGCUCAAGACAGAGCUCGAAUUCUUUUGGACUUGCUUAGGGAACCUCCUCCAGAAAAUAGGUUGACUUCCUCUGUAUUGGAGAGAAUAGUUUAUAACUUUGCAGCACACGUCGAUGGAACGGAUAAAGCUGCUGAAACUGCCAAGAAAUUGUUACAAGACGUGGUUCAGAAAAGUAUUGAGAAUAGCUUGAGCCAUAUGCAGCUUAGGGCGUCUUCUCCCUUCAAAGAUUCAAUCAAUUGAAAAAUCAAUCAACGUGAAGAAUCAUUUGGUUCCAACGGGUGUAGACAGUAGACCAAUGAAGUAAACUAGCCAGGAACUUUUAGCACGGACCAAGUUUUUUUUUGUCCAGAUAAACCUUGCAUCCAACUGAUACAGAAUUUGAGACUGAAGGCUGUUAGUACUUCCCCGUCUCCAUAAGGUGAUUUCCACGAGCUUUCUGGGAAUUGUAUAUUUUUUUAUCCUUUAUUGAAAACGUGUACAAGUUACUUGUAUAUUUCUUUCUAGUUUCAAUAGGAGAUUCUGACAUUUUGAUUGUGUAGUUAUCUGGUUCUGUCUCUUGGAGUUUAAAGGUGAACAUGCCUCCUGGUUCUACUUUCUUUGAGUCCAAAACUCUUGACCAUUUUUGCCGCAUCCUUGUGCGGUGAUGAUGUUCGUUGACCUUACCAGGCUUUGCAUAUUUUUGACCUGGAAUUUUGUUCCCUGUAUUAUUCUAUUAUGUUUUCAGUGGCAGGAGGGAAGACAUUGCUAGAUGAUGGGGUUAUAUGAUCUCUCUUCUUUCAUCUGUUCAAAAACUCUAUUUGAGCUUAUUCUUUCGUAUCGUAACAUCUGUUGAGCUUUAUCAUUAAAUCUUAGUGCGUCCGGUUUCGUCUUGCUGUAAGAAUUUGUGAUAAUUUCAAUUGUAUUUCCUGUUGAGCGAGUUUCGUAGUUA